AUGAGCAAGGAACAAAGUUGUGUUCUAAAAGCUUGGGAGGUGACGGUGAGAAAGACACAACAAGCGAAGAAGCGAGCAAACAGCAUUUUCKGGACGGUAUCGGUAUCUCCACAGACAGAUGAUGAUACUACUACGACUGAGGAGAAUGAUGACGAGACUAGCACAAACAGCACAGGAUUGUACCAAGCUGAAAGAGUACUUCCUAAUGGAGACUAUUACACAGGGCAAUGGUUUGAUAGUUUCCCCCACGGGCACGGGAAGUAUCUUUGGACAGAUGGUUGUAUGUACAUUGGUGAGUGGUAUAACGGGAAGACUAUGGGGAGAGGGAAGUUUGGGUGGCCUUCUGGUGCCACAUAUGAAGGCGAAUUUAAAAGCGGAUAUAUGGAUGGUAUUGGCACUUACACAGGUCCUAGUGGAGAUACUUAUAGAGGUCAGUGGGUGAUGAACCUGAAACAUGGACAUGGGAUCAAGAGUUUUGCAAACGGAGAUGUGUAUGAUGGUGAAUGGAGGAGGGGCUUGCAAGAAGCACACGGAAAGUAUCAUUGGAGGAAUGGGAGUUAUUACAUUGGGGAAUGGAAGAAUGCUAUGAUUUGUGGCAAAGGUACAUUUAUUUGGACGGAUGGGAAUAGAUACGAUGGGUUUUGGGAUGACGGGUUUCCCAAAGGAAACGGGACUUUCAAAUGGGAAGAUGGGAGUUUCUACGUUGGCCAUUGGUCUAAAGAUCCUGAAGAAAUGAACGGUACUUAUUAUCCAUCGGAGAACGAAGAGAAUAAUCUUGAAUGGGAUCCGAAAGACGUGUACAAUAGUCUGAGUGAGUACAAGAUCUGCAGUGGUGAGAGAGUUCCUGUAUUGCCUUCACAGAAGAAGCUCUCUGUUUGGAACUCUUCCAAGCGUGUAGAGAAGCCGAGGAGGAUGUCUGUUGAUGGGAGGGUAAGUGUGGGUGUAGAUAGAGCGUUUGAGAAGAUGAAUAUGUGGGGAAGUGAAAGCGGUGAAGGCGCUGCUGAUAUUGAUUCUACAACGAGGAGGGAUUUGGAUGCUGAAAUGAUGAGACUAGAGGCCGAAGGCUUCAUUCAAAGCUUAAGACCGACCUCUGCACCAAUGAGAUUGCCAAGAGCAGGGAGGAAGCAAGGGGAGACAAUAUCGAAAGGCCACCGGAAUUAUGAGCUUAUGCUCAAUCUACAGCUUGGAAUCAGACAUUCUGUUGGAAAACAAGCUCCGGUUGUGUCUCUUGACCUUAAGCAUUCGGCUUUUGAUCCAAAGGAGAAGAUAUGGACAAGGUUUCCACCGGAGGGAACCAAAUACACACCUCCUCAUCAAUCUAGUGAAUUCAAAUGGAAAGACUAUUGUCCAUUAGUUUUUAGGAGCUUGAGGAAGCUAUUCAAGGUAGACCCGGCUGAUUACAUGCUAUCGAUAUGCGGGAAUGAUGCCCUUCGGGAACUAUCAUCCCCUGGUAAAAGUGGAAGCUUCUUCUACUUAACAAACGAUGAUCGUUACAUGAUAAAGACAAUGAAGAAGGCUGAAACUAAAGUGCUUCUGAGAAUGCUUGCAGCAUAUUACAACCAUGUUCGAGCAUUUGAGAACACUUUGGUGAUUAGAUUCUACGGUCUGCACUGUGUGAAACUGACUGGACCAAUCCAAAAGAAGGUGCGGUUUGUCAUUAUGGGAAAUCUAUUUUGUUCAGAGUACUCCAUCCAUAGACGUUUUGAUUUGAAAGGAUCUUCUCUUGGUCGUACAACCGAUAAACCUGAAUCAGAAAUCAAUUCAAACACAAUCUUGAAAGAUCUUGAUCUGAAUUUCAUUUUCAGACUACAAAAAGCUUGGUACCAAGAAUUCAUCAGGCAAGUCGAUAAAGACUGCGAGUUUCUAGAACAGGAGAGAAUCAUGGAUUAUAGUCUUCUGGUUGGGAUUCAUUUCAGAGAAGCAUCAGUCGCUGGAGAGCUGAUUCCUUCUGGAGCUCGCACGCCUAUUGGUGAAUUCGAAGACGAAUCCGCCCCUCGUCUCUCAAGAGCAGACGUGGAUAAGGUUCUAUCUGAUCCCACAAGAUGGGCUAGUAUCAGACUUGGAGGAAACAUGCCGGCUCGAGCAGAGAGGACAAUGAGGAGAAACGACUGUGAGUUCCAGCUAGUUGGGGAACCAACAGGAGAAUACUACGAGGUUGUAAUGAUCUUUGGAAUCAUAGACAUUCUUCAAGACUAUGACAUUAGCAAGAAACUCGAACACGCCUACAAGAGCAUUCAAUACGAUCCUACUUCGAUCUCAGCCGUUGACCCGAGGCUAUAUUCGAGACGUUUCCGUGAUUUCAUCUUUAAAGUCUUUACUGAGGACAAUUGA